CGGGAACACGGAAAGGAUGCCUAACGAUUGCUAACCGGAACGCUGUGAAAUUAGCCGGUGCAGUACAGUGAUUUACCUGGAAUCAUGGACUGGUUAAAUUCACCAGUAGUCCGGGACUCCGAGGUAACUCGAGCUGCACGAAGAAAAAGCUCCCACAAGAAGGUGGCCUUUCCUCUGGCUCAGGAUGACUCCCCCAUCCUCCCCAACACCCCGGGCGCUCGCGCCCUCCUGCGCCACACUCCUGGGUCCCUCCUUAAACAAACCUUUACUCCCAAGAGUGGUCUGAGGAACCCAGAUGUGUCAGCCAUUUUGGCCACAGGCAGCCGGACACCGCGGUUUGUCCACACGCCUCGUCCUACGGGAAGCUUGAGCAUGAAUCUGGAUGACAGUGACUGGACCAACAGCUUGUAUCCCUCACCCCUAUCAGGCCUGGGGGACACCACCUUUACUGAGGACCUCAACCUGAGUGCCGUCAUGCUCAAAGAGGAGGACCCUGGGGAAGCAGCCUCGGUGAGCCUGUUCCCAGACUUCCUGCAGGCAUUCCUCAAAAACGCCUCCACCGCUGUGUUUGACCUUCUGGAGGAGUACGAGAAUAUCUGCCAAGACAAGGUGUCCACUCUGGAAAAGCUGGUGCUGCGUUCAGCCCCUGGUCAGCAGAAAACCUCCAAGACAGCAGGGAUCUACUGGCUACUCCAGCAGGAGAUGGUCACUUGGCGCCUAGUCACCUCGCUUUAUAGGGACCGUGUCCAGUCAGCUCUGGAGGAAGACAUCUUGAUGGAUGUAGCUAACCCUAAUGUGAGUGAGAAGAUCAUAAUGGAGCAGCUGUUUCUGAGGGAUGAAGUUGUGCGACAGAGCCAGCUUGUGGUAGACUGGCUGGAGAGCAUUGCCAGGGAUGAGCUGGGAAAUUUCUCCGACAACAUUGAGUUCUAUGCCAAGUCUGUGUGCUGGGAGAACACGCUGCACGCCCUGAAGCAGAGACACACUCAGCCGCAGACGGGCUUCAUGCGGCCGCUGGUGACGGAGCUGGACCCCGACGCCCCCAUCAGGCAGAAGCGACCCCUCGCCGACCUGGACCGGGAGGACGACGCCCGCCUCCUCAAGAACCUCUUCACCCUCAUCCGCGCCGGCAUGACCGACGAGGCUCAAAGGCUUUGUAAGCGCUGUGGGCAGGCCUGGAGAGCAGCCACACUAGAGGGCUGGAAACUCUAUCACGACCCCAACAUCAAUGAGAAUGGAUCUGAGAUUCAGCCCGUGGAAGGGAACCCGAACCGCUGCAUAUGGAAGGCCUGCUGUUGGAGAAUGGCAGAGGAGGACCAGUUCAACCGUUAUGAGAGGGCCAUCUAUGCAGCGCUGAGUGGGAACCUUAGACAACUGCUGCCGGUGUGUGAGUCGUGGGAGGACACGCUGUGGGCGCACUACCGCGUGAUGGUGGACACGCUGGUGGAGCAGGAGAUCCGCUCGUCUGGCAUGGGCACAGAGGACCUGGACGAGCUGCCCAGAGAGUACCUGGAGGCCAACUGGACAAUGGAGAAGGUGUUUGAGGAGCUACAAACUACUGAGUCAAAGAGAGUCCUUGAGGAGAGCAAACAACACUACCACAUCAUCCAGAAGUACAUCAUUCUUGGACAUCUAGAUGGCCUGCUGGAGGAGUUUAAUGAGUGGAUGAACAGCAGCUCGUCUCUGCCCUCCCACCUGCUGCGCUUCAUGAGCCACCUGGUGCUCUUCUACCGCAGCCUGGGCAUGCACCUCAAGGAGGAGAUCUCAGUGGAUGUCCUGAAGGCCUACAUUGCGCUGCUGGUGAAGGAGAAGCAGAUUGAGCUCAUCGCCUUCUAUGUGAGUCACCUGCCCCCAGACGUUGCCGUCGGACAGUACGCCCACUUCCUGGAGUCCGUCACCGAGACGGAGCAACGCAAGCGCUGCCUGGAGCUGGGGCGUGAGGCCGAACUGGACGUGGCUGCUAUCACAAAGACAGUGGUGGAGACGGUCCGAGAAAGAGACAGUCAGGAGUUUGCCCACCAUGACGUCACCCUGGACACAGCGACCACCGCUGAGGACCGGCUGAAGAUCGAUGUGAUUGAUUGGCUGAUCUUUGACCCUGCUCAGCGCGCAGAGGCCCUCAAACAGAGCAACGCCAUCAUGAGGAAGUUCCUGGCCUCUAAGAAGCAUGACGCCGCCAAGGAGGUCUUCGCCAAGGUUCCUGAGGACUCCAUGAAGGAGAUCUACCAUCAGUGGGAAGAUCAAGGCAUGGACACGCCUCUUCCAGCAGAGGACGCAAACGCCAUCCGUGAGCAUCUGUGCAUCCGUGCCUACCUGGAAGCCCACGAGGCUUUUAAUGAAUGGUUCAGGCACAUGAACUCGCCACCUGUGAAGCCCACACUGGCUGCUCACGCCAAAUUUACAGAGAAGGUGGCGUUCGAGAUGAAGGAGAAAGAGUACCAGAUGGAACAUGACAACUGGCAGGGCCGACUGGACCAUCUGACCGAAGAUGUGAAGGAGCACAUCUAUAACGUGCUUCUGUUUGUGGAUGGGGGCUGGAUGGUCGACGUCAGAGAGGAUGCAGAGGAGGAUCCUGAGCGAGCGCACCAGAUGCUGGUGCUGCGGAAGCUGAGUCUGCCCAUGAUGACCUUCCUGCUGCAGACCGUCCUGCAGAAGACCCAGCGGCACCAGGAGAACCUGCGCCUCGCCGACAUCAUCGCCUCCGAGCAGCACCGCCUCUACGAGGUGUUCUCUAAGGAUGAGCUGCACAACUUCUUGCAGAGGCUUAGGGAGUCGUCUCUUCUACUGCUGGACAAAGGUCUGGAUCCUCUGGGCUAUGAGAUCCAACAAUAACCUUCUCCUCAGUAUACUGUUGCGAAAUUUUGAACCAUGUUUCACGUUUGUAUGAAUUUAGGCUGUGUGUGUGUGUUUUGUAAUAAAUAAAGCUUUUGAGAUA